AUGGAUUCUGAAUCAUUAUCGCACAUUAUAUCUAAUGCAGAUUUAAAGUCCAAUUAUGAGUCUACUACACACACUUCUGAAGGUGCUGUAACUAGACGUGGUCACUCAAACAAUCCUUCAACUGUCUCUUCUAAUACUGCAUGUUGGCAUCGUCCUACCAAGUCAUUCAGCAGACAACGUAAUACUAGUUCAAGCAGUACAAGUCGUAAUUCUCUUGUAAAUAUCGUAUCUCUAUGGCCAUCUACAACGUUAAGUUAUCCGGAUCCAUUGAUAAGUUACAAUCCAUUUCUUCUGGAUGAUCCAGAACUUUUAGUUGCUACCGGAAAGCGUGUACUGAAGCUUCCAAACUAUCUAACUAGUAUUUUGGGAUAUGUUCGUCCAAAUGAACGUAAACGUGAAGUUAAUCGGGAAUUCCAUGAAAGAUUUCCACUGAUACAGAUUACACUUACCAAAUUGCGCAGUAUAAAAUUAGUAUUAGUGCAGAUUGUACAAAAGUUGUCUUUGGACCUGUGGGUUUGUGCACAUGCCCAUGUACUCUUUGAAAAGUUGAUCCUAAAGUUAUUUAUAACAAAAUUGAAUCGAAAGCUGUGUGCUUCAGCGUCACUAAUGAUCAGUGCGAAACUGAACGAUGUUAAAGGCUCUGAUUUCACUAGUCUACUUCAAAAAACUCUAUUUUCAUUUAUUCAAAACUAUUGGCAGUUUGUAUUCUGUGAAUUGAAUAAAUAG